GAGAGAAGGGCUGCAAUGGGGAUUGCCAAGGACUGAGAUCUCUGGGUGGGCAGCCACAGAUCUUUGCAUCUUGCUACCUUGGAGAGUACUGUAUUUAUUUUGCUUAAGAGAUACUUACUGUAGAUGGAAGAAAAGAGACCAAAUAUGUAGAGGAAAAGAAAAAGGCAAUACAGUCUAGCAAAAUCCAUUGAGCAAAUUUUGGAAGACCCUAAGGAGCAGCAUUCCUUUUUGGUGGGAGGUUGUCUUCUGUUUCUGCAUAGAGAAGCCCCUCUGCCCAGCUGGAACCAUCCAAGUUUUGCCUGUCUGCUGAAUGCUGUCAUUUAGUAGCAUUUCAGACCCCUCGUUUUGUUUUGACUUUCUGGUACAGAGACAUAGUGUGUUUCCCACCUCUCCAAAUUUCAGUGGCCUUUGCCUCUUCUCCCCCAAAAAAGAAUGAGGGCAGAGCAAGGUGAUCCGGUGGCUUUGGGACUACAGUUGGAGCACAAAGAGAAAGAUAUGGUGGGAUCCAAUGUGGCCAGAAAUUCUCAUAUUAUUCAAUUUGGGAAUAGUAGAAGAUUCUGGGAAAGAGAAGAAAACACAGUUCAGGAGGAGCAUAUGGUCCAGUUCAAUGGACCACAGGAUCCAUACUGGUGCAAGGAGCCCUUCCUGACCAAAGAAAUGCAGAAUAAUGUGAUGGAAGGCUGUUCGGAGGCUGAUACCUCAGCAGUGGACCAGGAAGAAGGUUUACUCCUUAGGAAACCUGAAAAGGAAGAGGGGCUUUAUGGUCUGUUGACUACUAAUAAAGAUGAUUGAUUGAUUUACUGUACAACACUCUGUGGAGGAGAAAAGAGACACCAGAGUCAUUGACAGAUAUGGCUGCAAAUUUCUCCAAGGCAGACAGGACACUUUUGGACUGUGGGCAGAGACCAUUGCUUAGGCGAGUUUCAAAGAGUGCCAGUAUCACAGCUCCUUUUGGUAAAGGAAUGGCAGCAGAAGAGUAUUCUGGGGAAUUUCCAUUGUAUGACAGAACGGACACCAUCUCAGUUGAGUCAGACCAGGGUCUGGUAACUUUUGAAGAAGUGGCUGUGCGUUUCUCUGAAGGAGAGUGGGGACUGCUGGAUCCAGGCCAAAGAGCUCUCUACAGAGAAGUCAUGGUGGAAAACUAUGGAAAUGUAGCCUCUUUAGAAAGACCUCCGGUACCUAAACCAGAUCUCAUUUCUUGGUUGGAAGAAAAAGAAGAUAUUUUCAAUCAGAGCUCUGGAGCAAGAGUAAGAUCAUUAGGUGAUGCCUGGGAAAGUGAAAGCAAUGAAGCUUCCAUUGAGAUAUCAUCCCAAGGAGAUAAGGAUGAGGAGGUGGAGAAGAUUACAGGGGAUCAAAGGGGAACAAAAGUGCAGGAGGAAAACCAUUUAACAGAGAUAUGGCAAAAGAAACCUGAAGAUACUGAACCUGUGAGAGUGAUCAAUGUAGAGAAUGUAGAAGAAGAACAGAAUCUUACAUCAGGUGAAAUGCUUGAAGCUUUACCUGGAGGAUCCCAAGAGAACAUUCCCUUCAUAAUGGAGACAGUAGAAAGUGAUAGCUGGGAGAGUGGGAGCGAGUGGGAACCAUAUGGUGCAUUGUCAGAAGACACAGAGAAUGAAGACAUGGGACAUAAUUUUCGGAGUCAAGGAAGAUCAGAGAGAAAUGAGGAAGACCAAGCUGAAGACUGGAGAAAUAAACCCAAUUGCCAGGGCAGUGACUUCAGUGGUGUGCCAGUUCAGCAGAAAACAUACAAAGGCAAGAGAAAGAAUCAGUGCAAGGUUUGUGGGAAGAGCUUCACUCGUAAAGCAAGUCUUAAGGUACAUCAGAGAAUCCACACAGGAGAAAAGCCCUACAAAUGCACAGUCUGCAGCAAAGGCUUUUGUGAUAAAACAAGCUUUCUCAGACACCAGAGAAUCCACACUGGGGAGAAACCAUAUAAAUGUCCAGAUUGUGGGAAGAGUUUUAACCGGACCACAAACCUUAUCACACAUCAGAAAACUCAUGUGGAAACCAGAGAGAAAACAUUUCAUUGCACUAGCUGUACCAAGAGUUUUUACAACAAGUAUAGUCUUAAAACACACUGGCGGAGUCAUACUGGAGAGAAACCAUACAAAUGCUCCAGCUGUAGCAAGAGCUUCUGCGAUAAAUCAAACCUCGAAGCUCACUGGCGAGUGCACACAGGGGAGAGACCCUUUGAAUGCACAGAAUGUGGAAAGAGCUUCAGUGAUCGCAGGACCCUCCUCAGACAUCAGAGAAUCCACACUGGGGAAAAGCCAUACAGAUGCACAGAAUGUGGGAAGAGUUUCAAUGAUCUUGCAACCCUCCUCAGGCACCAAAAGAUCCACACGGGGGAGAAGCCCUAUAGAUGCAAUGAAUGCGGGAAAAGCUUUAAUCAGAGCUCACAUCUCAUCAGGCACCAGAACACACACGAUGCCAAACGCCACAAGAGCAGCUUGCGGGGGGCAAAAGCGGCGGUUGGAACCAAUAUCUUUUUGGACAUUGGAGGGUUUACGCAAGAGAGCUAUUAUGGUUACACUCACCCUACGGAGCCCUUUCACUGGCCGCUUACAUCCUAUGCAUCCUCCACGGAGGCAGAAGGAGUGGGCUUGCCAAACUUGUGGACUAUUGAGGAGACAUCUGUUGGUGAUCAAGCCAUCCUAGUCAUGAAAGAAAUAACGGAGGACAGGACUUUAACACUAUGAAUGUUCAGGGCAGGGAGGUGUUUUCAGCUAGGCCCUUACUUGUUGGGUGUGUCAUUGCCCAGUCAAAACAAGAAGCCAUAACUACAUUGAGACUCUCUUUGAAAUGAGCAGGUUUCCAAGGAUAGACGCCUUGACCUACAAUCUGAUACCAGGACUUGCCUCAUCAGGAAAGAGGGCAAGAGUCUUUAGGAAUGAUGUUAGAUGCAGUGACAGAAGGCAGAGGACUUCUCGUAUGCUUCACACAUCCACUCACUAACUCUUUGGUGUGUUAUUAUUGGGGAGAGAGGGAACAGGAAUUCUCAAAAGUUAACGCUAGUAUGCUUGCUUGUGGGUGGAAGAAAAAGAGACAAAUGGGUAAAAAUACUGAUAGUCUAAAUGGCUUUUGGUCAGAAGUUCAAAAUCAGUUAUUUUUGUUGAUGGCUUCUAAAAACUGAUCAUAAUCUCCUGUCCUCAGAGAAGAUGGAAAGAAAAAGAUUUCCCCAGCUAAAUGAGUAGCAUGGGAAUUCUGUCUCGUGAAGACUAAGUGGCAGUCAAAGUGGUAUAACUACCAUUACCUUCCUCACCGUUCCGUUGUAUUUAAUAGUGUGUGUGUGGCAGGGUGAGGAUUAUUAGAUACUGCUAUCUCUCUUUCUAAAUUGUUUGGACAGACAUCAAAACCUAAUGGGGUGUUUUUCAAGGGUUAGUUGUUUCUCAUUUUUGGUAAAUGAAGAUAUAAACUCUCACGUUUGCAAGUUUUCUAUGCCAAGCAUCUACAGGCAGGUGGGGGGGAUGUCAUCAAAAGAAAGGUUUGCUAUUUUCUAUUUUGUGCAAGACUAAAAGAAAUGCAUUUCAGAAUCACAGUUUGGUAGGAGGGCACCUAGAACGAUAUACUGUAAGAUUGUGUUAACAGAGUUUUUGACAUGUAAGAAGAAAAACACAGGUCUAAAGAAGAAAACUAGCUGGACACAUUUGGCUUUUUAAAAUGCUAGUGUUGCAAGUAAUUAUUAAUCAUAAUCAUGUGGACUGGAAAUGUCAAAUGUAUAAAAGGAACUUCAGAUACUGUACUGAGAUAUGGCUAAAAGAACAGAAGGGAAGGUUAUCAUUAGAACAAACGGUCAAAAUCUAAGUAAGUAGCAGUCACUCCCAAAUGGAGAGCAGAGUCUGGAUUCACUCUAUUUAGAUGGUUCCAGGAAAUACCCUCCCGAGUUUGUGAUUCAUGGUGUAGGCUUGCGCUUUGGGAUGUGUUGAACUAAAAUUUCCACCAUCCCCAGCCAUCCCUGUCAGUGGUCAUGAAUGCAGGGAGUUGUAGUCCCAACAGAACUAGAGGGCACCAGUUUGGAAAAGACUGGCAGAGGCAUUGUUGAUGCAUGAUGCAAAUGAUUGUAUUGUACCGGCAUGUUUAGUUUCCGUUUUCCAACAAACUUAUCCACAACUCAGCCAACAAAGGUUAAGAUGUUACAAACCCAUGUUAUUUCAGUGGGUUUCUGUGCACUUAAGUGUGGCUGCUGAAAACCAUUAAGAUUUAGGCUAUGAGUCUAUGCAAAGUUACAAAAGAGUAAGCCUUAUUUCUGAGUAAAUCACAUUACCAGUGUAUUUGGAUUCUGAAGAAUCUUGGUCAGAGGUCAAGAAGACAAUCCAGUCCAGUUUUUGUCUGUUCAGAGUCUGGUUGUACUGAGUUCAGUGGAUUUCAUUUUCAAAUGCAUAGAGCAGAAUGGGAAUUGUUGAAGCCAUCUACAUGUUGCACUACAGCUCCCAGCAUCCCACGCCAUUAGCUGUCCUGCCUAGGGCUGCUGGGAGCUAGAGUUCCAAUAGUUCCCUAACAGAGACAGUGCUUUCUGCAUGUGAGUUCCAUAUACAAGGACUUGUAUAAAGGAAAUGGUUGCUUCUACUAUGUGAAAUGUUCUAGAACAGUGAUUCCCAAACUUUGGCCCUCCAGGUGUUUUGGUCUUCAGCUUCCAGAAGCCCUAACCAGCUAGGCCAGCAGUGAAGAAGUCUGGGAGCUGAAGUCUAAAACAUCUGGAAGACCAAAGUUUGGGAACCACUGUUCUAGAAGGAAUUGGGAGAAGCCCCCGCAAAUUAAAAGAGGUGCUGCUUUGGCUAUCAAUAGCUUGGGAGAAUUGUGGGUUGUGUUGGUUAAAAAUAUUAUUGAUUAUUUAACACUAAUGUAUAGGAUGAGGGACACAACACGUUUUCACUGAAGGGCACUAACAUUUUAUGUGAGACUUUGCUACCCACACUAUAUUUCCAUCCUCUCAAGCUGCAGUCCUAAAAUCAGAGCUUGGAAAGACUACCUUUUUGGACUGCAGUUCCUGGAAUUGUCCAAACUGGCCGUGUGAUGCUGGGAGCUGCAAUCUAAAACCAAAAUCCUAUGGGGAACAUACGUCCUUGUAAGUUAACUUGCAUAUGUGGGGAAUUGCACAGUUGCAUAACAUGCAUAUCCAGUUGAGAGCACUUAUGUUACUUAGGGGUUGUUCACAUGGGUCAAAAGGCCUGUCUUACCCCUGUCCCCACAUGGUCUACAUUAGACAACGCAGGCCAAAACCCCUUGAGGAUCUGACCUGAUCCUGGGGUAAUGUACCAUUGCUUUUUGCAGAGUUUCUAAGAAACUGGCAGAGGCAUUGUUGAUGCAUGAUGCAAAUGAUUGUAUUGUACCAGCAUGUUUAAUUUCCGUUUUCCAACAAACUUAUCCACAAUAAGAUACUGCAAACCCAUGUUAUUUCAGUGGGUUUCUGUGCAUUUAAGUGUGGCUGCUGAAAACCAUUAAGAUUUAGGCUGUGAAUCUAGUGCAAAACCGGGUUGUUCAGACAGCCCCCUCCCCCAGUGCUCUUUACCUUGCUGGUGAUCAAUCCAACUGAGAAGCCCCCCAAGUUGCUGUGUCUGACAAGGAAACAGGGCACCUGGCCAUAUGGGUGCAGCCAGGCCACCCUGUUUUCACAUUAGAUGUGGUGACUGGAGGUUUUCACAUUUGGUUCGAGGGCCAGCAAGGUAAGCAGUGGCGCAUCAGUCCCAGAUCCAGGGUUGCUGCAAGGAUGGGUGUGUGUACACCCGCCCAUCCCGUGCCAAUCUAGAGACCAACCCAGCUGAGCACUGGGACCAGCAUAUGUUCGUCCUUGCCCAUUUGCUCAGGCCCUGGGUAGCAGAGCCAGCAAAGUGUUUGAUGCACAACAGAACUGAUGUACAUCUGGCACCAAUGCGUAUUGGGCACUCAUGUUAGUGUCUCCUUACACAUCUUUACAGUUCUUUUAGCACCUCUACAACUGGGUUAGGUAGACAUAAAGUUACCUAAUGUAACAGACCAGAUAGAAUUCCAGUGCCAAAAAAUAACUUGUUGAGGCUCUGCCUUAAAAACAGAGCAGCUUUCCUCAACUGAACAUCCUCUAGACUACAGUUCCUAUGUUGGUUGGGGAUGACGGAGGUUGUAGUCACACGUGCCUGCACAGUGCUGAAUUGGGGAAAGAUGUAUCAGCAAUUAAACCUUGUUAAAUCCAUUGGAUUUAACUCCCCAUUAAAAUAGUUGUGCUGUUGCUGUGAUGGAAACAGAGGAGAGAUGGGAGUCAUGGGACCUCCAGAUGUUGGACUACACCUUCCAGCAUUCUUUACCAUUGUUUAAACUGCCUGGGAUUGUGGAAUUUAGCAUAAAUUCAACAAGCACUAGAGGGCCAUAGCAUUCCCUUUGUAGACCAGAGCAAGGAUAAUAGCAAGGAAAGAAAGCUAUGUGGAUGGAUGGGUUGUUCCAUGUCCAAAGGAUUGUGAUCAGCACAAAUAGCAAAGUUACUUUUCCAAUGCUUGAGCAAAUGGGUAUCUCUUCCCAAAUUGUAUCAUCAGUUGGAUUAAGCUUUUGAAUACUGACACACUAAAUUGUUAGCCCUUAACCAAAUAAAUGACAAUAAAAUUUACUAUUCUGUAUGGCCCUUUUAAGAUACUAUUGAUGGUACUACGUUUGCCAGAUUAAUUUGGGUUGAAAUGUCUCUUAGUAGGAUGGGUUGGACUAUUUGUGAAUUCACGUCUUGAAAAAUAUCAGAGAUAUAAAAACAUUUUUGUAGCAAACACUAGCAUUAACCAGUUAAUGUUAAAAAUGAUGGGGUAACAGAGUUGUUUUGUUUUUAAAAGGCAGUUGGUACAGUUUGAAAUGGAUUGUUGUGUGUCAGGCCUACACACUCACACAUAUUCAGUUUACAACAAAGUGUGUUAGAAAGGUACUGGUUGGUCACAAAAAUUUCUGGAAAGUGUUUUAAAUGAUUGUGUCAUUAACAAUGCUUAUGCUGGAAGUUUACAACCAACCGAAAGCUAAAAACCAUCCUUUACUUGUAGAAGGAUAGAAACAGAGAAUUUGGUCAUUUACCGGAGGCGCUUGAGUUGAGACUGACUAAUAGAAAAAUAUUGCUCUGUAUUCCCUAUCGGCUAAUUAUUUACACAGCCAGUGGGCCCUUGGUAUCUAUUUGGGUUUGGUACCAGGACCCUUGGUGGGUAUCAAAAUCUGCAGAUGCUCAAGUCCCAUUAGAUACAGUGGAGUAAUAAAAUGGUGUCUUUUAUAAAC